UGAACUGCACCAGUGCACUAAUGCAGACUAACAAUAUCACGUUGGAGGCAACGAACGUGAAAAUAAGUUGACGGUCAUUAAGGAUGAAAAAGUGAGGAAGGCUCGGCGAUGGCAACUUCGUCUCAUUGGAGGACCCUGCAAUGCGCAAUGGACUGGGGGGGUCGUCGGCUACAGAACUUGAGCACGUAUUCAAGCUCUCGAUAUCACAGCCGGAGCUGGCACAAAAAUGUUUACUGAGAUCAAAAGAUCUUCAUUGCCGUCACCAUGGCAACAGAGUCCCUUCAAGAGCAAGGGGGUCCCACCGACGAGCAAGAGUGCCCGAUCCAACGCGACGUGGACGCUAGCCUCGAUUCCGCUGCGCUUGAGCCAGAGCUCCCCAGAGCAGGACCAGAAGAGGACACUGAAGUGGUUCAGGGACGCGGCCAAACUGAAGAGAUCUCGACGGAAUGCGUCCAAGAUGAGAAACCUGAUGAGUUGAAGAAGCUGAUUGGUCAAGGUGCUUUCCUAGAACCUGAACCAAAAGAGGAUUUCUCCAGCUUGGAGGUGGAGAUCUCAGAGUGGUCCAGUGAUGACGACAUCAGCUCUCCUGAAUGUCACCAGAAUCUGCAACAACUCUCCCGAUGUGAGGAUAGUUCUCUGGUAUCGGACUUUUCUCUAAGGACGUCUCGGAGUAUCAGUCACCCGCUUCCGCUUGAUGUUAGUUCACCUCCUUUUGCUGAUGUGGAAGAGGAAACAAACAUGUGCGCUUCCAAAUCCUCUCCUGGCUCACACCCCACACACCCAAAGUCGAAUGCGAUUUCAUUAGACGGCCAGCAGGGGGGGGUACUUGGCCAAGGUCAACAAGAGCUCACCCCCAACAGAGUAAAGCAGGAAACUGCUCAACAGGUGCCCGGGCAGAACUCUGCACCUUUGUCUGGCGUUGCCAUGGAGCCAGCCAAUCGGGGUGGGGCGGCUUUCAAAGGCUCCGUCUGUGUUGUCACAGUGAGAGAAAGCCUGACAGACGGGGAAGGGGAGAGCGAAACAGGAGCGCAGAAUCACAGUGGACCUGGAGGGGACGAGGUGGUUGGACAAAAGCAAGGUGAAGGGCCGGUGAGAGUUUCCGAAUUCAUUCACGUCGAGGAAGAGAAGAGGGGAAACAAGGGCAUCGCUGAGUGUUCUAACCCCGUCAGAAUGGAGAAUGACUCAGCCGAGGACAGCCAAAGCGACAGCGGAUUAUCGGCAGACUUCUCCCCACGCAACACUGCAGACGUCACCGCAGCCUCCCAAGAAACUCUACCCAAAGAGACGCCAAUUGAGAGGGAGAUCAGGCGGGCCAUCGAGCGAGAGCAUAGUCUGAGGAGGUCCAGGGGGCUUCCAAACGCAUCUGCAGAGUACGUCGAGAUCCCCCUGAUGAAAGCCGUCCUCAACCAGACCGUCGUUGACAAAUCGGAGAAAUUCCACGGCAUAGACAGAGAGCUGGCGGGUAAAAUGAUGCAACACGAGAUCCACGCGGAGGUCGGCCGAGAACAAGAUCUGGUCAAGAUGGGGAAGGUUCCCGGUUUCUACGACAAGGGGACGGUUCGGAAACUGAAAGAGAAGAAACAGCUUUUUGAAGCGUUUCAAAACCACCGCAGUGAGUCACCUUUGAGCGUGUCCAGUGGGAGCAGCAGCAGCGCCGGCUCCACUUCGGAGAGCCGGGAUGAGACCUCGUCACAGGCGUCCACUGUGAGAAGCUCAGAGGGGAGACCGAGUACUGAGCAGCUAAGAGGUCCUAGAGGACCGGGCUUAUCUGAGGGAUUGUCCUGCCAGGUCCUCAUUCUGGAGAAGGACCCCAGUGCCCCGGGACAGAAGCACCUCCACACCGCCGCAGAGGUAGACGGCCUCGUCGGACUUGAUCCGGAAGCUCUUGAUGUCCUCUCGUCCGUUUCGGGGGGGCACCAUUUCGAGCUGGAGGCAGAGGAGAUGUCGCCCAAGGAGAACCCAUUCUUCAAGCUGCGUUCCCUCGCAGACGGCGUUAAAGUGGAGAAGGAUAUCCGGGAGGCUCAAGAGAGGGAGCAGGAGCUCCGCAAGCAGAGGAGCAACCUGUAUGGGGAUGCCGGAGGAGGUGGCGGCAGCGGCGGCGGCAGGCCAGUCGGCGUGGAUAGAAGGAGCCUUCGAGCGUCUGGUCUGAAUUCUCCCGGCUCUUUGUCCAGCAGCGGUAGCGGACACUCAGCAGACUGCCAAUCCGUUGGAAAGCUCAGCGCGUGGCCCCCGGGCCGGGACCACGGAGACGCCGAGGACCGGCCGAAGGUGGUCCACAGCUCGAGACACAAGACCCCGCUGGUGCACCUGUGGGAGUCGGGCCGGGUCAACGGACACAACCCGCAAGAGUAGCGAGGAGGAGAAAAGUCGGAAAAGUGACGCUUAUCGGAAGGGAGCGUCAACGAAGAAGAGAGCGACAGCGAGGAAGAGGUCGAGAUUGACGUCGGACGGGAGGAAAAGUGGCUGACUGAACUUGCACACGCGUUCAUCUGAAAAAAACGAAAAACCCGGUUGUUCUACCGUAAUUCCCGGCCUAUAAACCGCAACUUUUUCCACACGCUUACGACGAUGCGGCUAAUUUGUGGAUUUUUUUUUUUUCUAACGGCCGCAAGGGGGCACUCGAGCGGAAAAGGUAAGAGUGAGACCGGUGGAAUAUAUGUGCCGAGGAAGUAACUUUUACCGGUCCGGCCACGUUACCGCUACGCUCCCGCAUUACUGCCGUGUCUCGGUUUUUACCAGUAUGUUUUUUUUUAACCAGCCCUGUUAAUGCGGCAGUGCUAGCGUUAGCGCGGCGGUGCUAGUGUUAGCAUUAGCGCUGUGGCGUUAGUGUUAAACUCUCUGUGUACCGUCUUAUCUCGUGUUUCAAUGUCUGUUUCAAUGUGGGCACUUGAACGGUUUUACACGCCUGCGGCGGAUGUACGUACCAAAUGUUAUUUCCUUUACAAAUAUACUGGGUGAGGCUUAUAACCAGGUGCGUUCUGGUGGCUGGGAAUUACGGUAAUUAUCAGUAAUCACAGAAGCUUUUUUUUUUUUUUUUUUAAAUGGUCAUUCACUUUAUGACUUCUGCGAUAAAAUGGCGUCCGGAAGAAAAAUCCAAGCAAUAAAUCUCACGUUCCAGUGCUCCUGCAAAUUAGUUUUUCGCCUCUUUGAUAUCUGCACUCUUAUUUGUUAACGAGGCUUUUUACGACAAUAUUGUUCAUUGUUGAUGAUUAUUAGUGCGGUUGGCGUAGCGCUUUGUAUCAUACUGACAGCGGUUUAUAAUAUUUUGUCCUCUUGUGACAACUGUUGAGCUCACGCACGUGUCCCCAAUGUUGUACGUAGUGUCCCUAAUUCGUUCGUUUGUUUGUUUUAAUAUGAUCACAAAGUUGACAAUUUCCUAAUGAGCUUGUCACGCGGUGGAAUGAACAAACAAGGAGGUUAAUCCGGGACUUUACCUAAGGCCCUGCGUUCGGAUUAUGGCGCAAUAAAAGUUGAUCUGGAUUUCGCAGGUGAAUUAUGAUAGUCCAGAGUACACGCGCGGGAAUAAAAGCGCCUCUGUUGAAUCCCUUUUUGAGUCACACAACGCAGUAUAUGUUGAACUUUGGAAUGAAACUUGAUAUUAGCCAGCAGGGUCGUGAUGAAACUUCAUACUUUUGUUUUGUAUGCAAGAUUAUUUUAUGUGUAUGAGGUUCAGAGGAGCUCUUACAUCAUUGCUUUGCUCCAGUACAGUAUUGUAUUAGCAAUAUUGGCAUUACAUAUUGACGGUGGUUACACCAGAGGGAGCAGCAUAUUGACCACGGAAUUGAUAUUAAAAUAACAAUAUUUUAGUGGUAUUUUAUCGCAUUCUAAUAUACAAUACGGACAUUUUAUACAGUUUCUCAGGGAAGGCUGGAACGAAUUGACGGGAUUUUCAUGCAUUUCAAUGGGGAAAGAUGAUUUGAGAGUCAAGUUUCAUUCAUCACAUUGUUACAGCACGCAAAAUUUUUUUCUUUUGUAGAUGGCUAAAAAAUAUAAAAAAAUAUGCCCUGGAGUUGCCGCGGCAAUAACAGAGAUGCUAGUUUCCUUUUUACAUGCCGCUUACAUGAAUUUUGAGGUUGAGCUACUGUUUGCGUAGCCGUUCCAGCCUGUUCAACGUGUGCCAAAAUGUUGGAAUGGAGAUAAGAGAAACUGCGGCCAUUAUCGGAACAUGAUUUUAUCUGCGCUGUUGUCCUCCUUUGGGUGUCAGGACGUGUUUGAAAUGCGUCAUAGAUGCGCUUUAGUGGCUUCCUAAUCAUCUGUAAAUAAUUGAUUACCGGAUUCUUUCUGGACAAAACCCAGUGACACCACAAUAGUGGAAUACCAAUAAAUGCCCAAAAUGUUCAUCUUUUUGGGGAGAUUUUCAAAAUAGCGUCACAGAAUAAGAAGAAUAAAACCGUUAAGCAUGCAACAAAUCAACUUGACUGCUGUUCUGUCUCACCGUGUCACCAUAAAAGGCGCUGUGUACAAAUAAAUGACAGGCCCUUAAAAUGAAACCGUGGCACAAUAUUUCACUUUAAUAAGUCAUAACGCACACUUCGGAGAGAUGUCAGUAUCAGCGACGGGCAUCGGAACAGAUAAAUGCUUAAUUAAUGCUUUCUGUGUGUCUGGAUUUAGUCUACGUUCAAGAGAAACGAGGCUACAAUAGCAGAGUUUAAACAACAACGGAGAAUUGAGGACCAUCGGAUUGUAUUUAUGGAAAUACUGUAAACCGAGGGGUGAAAUAACUUUUGGUCCACUGUGUUUUGGAC